GACAUGUUUAUGUUGUAGACUAUGUUCGGCAGCAUCUGGGGAUACUUCUACACGUCCUUCCUUAGAUACUGGCUGAAGUGGUUCAUCAGACAGGUGACAGGGAAAUGCGAGCUGCAAAGGAUUUGUGCCGGCUACAAGCCUGGGGCGCCCAGGACAACGAAAGCAGAAUACUCACUCAAGAACUCCAAAUCUAAGCUAUUAAGAGCUGCUGUGGAUGUGGAGGAGGAUGGUUUGGAGAAGCAUCUGGAUCUUGUCAUGAGGGAAAAGAAUGUCAAAACGCAGAGGGAUCCCACGUUUAAGGUGAAUCUGAAGCUGUGUCUCUUACAAAUAACGGGAUACAGGAACUUAUUCACGUCCGUGGAAGAGUUGAGGAAGGAGAAUUUUGACUCGGAUAAAGUCCAACACGAGGAAAUGCUUUUGAAGUUAUGGGACCUGUUGAUGCCCGGGGUCAAACUGGAGUCCAGAGUUACCAAACAGUGGGGCGACAUUGGUUUCCAAGGCGAUGACCCCAAGACUGACUUCCGAGGAAUGGGCAUGUUGGGCCUAACCAACCUUGUGUUCUUUAGUGAGAACUACACUGAAGAGGCUCGGCAAGUGCUGUCCCAUGCAAACCAUCCCAAACUGGGGUACUCCUAUGCCAUAGUGGGUAUCAACCUGACGGAGAUGGCGUACAGUUUACUGAAGAGUGGUGCUCUCAAACCCCACUUCUACAACACAGUGUCUGGGAGACCCCAACUGCAGCACCUCCAUCAGCUGUUCUGUUACCUGGUGUACAAGUUUGAUAAGUUCUGGGUGGAGGAGGAGCCCGAGAGCAUCAUGGAGUUCAACCACUACAGGGAAAAGUUCCACGACAAUAUCAAGAUUCAACUACGGGACCCCGCCGUCGCCCUCACCAUGACGGAUAGUCCAAGAAGUAACUGACCGACCAACCGACUGAACGGCUCUCGCUUGGACCUAAUUGGGACCACCAGAACCUCGAUACACUACAGCGUACUUCCAAAUCUAUAAGGGACAUUUAGAGCUAGCUUUCCCUUCGAUCUUAGUUUAGACCCAAUCUACACACUUUUUUUUUAAAAUUUGUAUAAAUUAGUGACUAGUUUUUAGAAAUAAGUAAGACCAGGUGACUGGAAUUCAAUCCUCUGCCUCAAAUAAUGACCAUUCCAAUGCUUCAAAUAUUACAAAAGGGGAAAUAAAAUAGUAGGGCACUAGUUCUAUGUAGUUGAUUGGCUGUGU